GGCCGUCGGGUCAUUUGCGCAUUUUUGGCCGACGUCGCUUCCUCUGCCACCGUCCUCGCCGUCGACGCCAGCUGCUACCGUGACACUCGCCUGCGACUUGCGCUCCAUCGCCUUGACGCUGCCCAUUCACCAUACCGCCUUUGACGACCAGCAUGCAGUGCUCUGGCCAAGGCUCUUGCGAGACCAUACUAGCACCCAAGUCGAUGCUGCCCACCGUGCGUAAGAGCAUAAGCGACAACCAGCUCGACGACAUGAGCGCGAUCGGCGCCGUGGAAAUUGAAGACUCGCACCACGACAUCCAGCCCAUGAUUGCGAAUGAGCAGACGCUGCGCAAGGAGCGCAAGCGCUGCAAAAGCCUCGAGCUUGUCUACAGCGACGACGAAGCGUCGACGGCCACGUCGACGGUCUCGCUCGUCACGACACCGCCCAGCAGCACCAAGAAGGGCAACUGCGUCGUCCAGACGCGCUGCACAAGCUACGAAAAGCUGUGCCUCUGCGAAGUCAAGCAGCACCGGUCGGCUGCGUCGUGCUGGCUCGUCGCCAACGGCAUCGUGUACGACGUGACCGACGUCAUGGCCCAGCACCCGGCAGGCAUCAAGUGCAUCCUCCGCAAGUCGGGCGGCGUCGACUGCGCGCAGGACAUGAAGUUUCACUCGAAAGCAGCCCAAAGCUGCUGGUCGAAAUGCAAGAUUGGCAUGUUGCAGCCAUGUGGCGACGUGCCCGAAGCCAACGAGAGCGCGUGCGCGAUCAUGUAAGCCGCUCUCGCUUAUUUAUUGUCGCCUAGUUGUAAGUUAACCAUUGGCAUCUGUGAUGAUCGAUGGCGCCCGAUUCUAAUUUUAUUUCCCAUCCUUUGAUCGAUAA